CAGGUUGAAGGACAUAUAGAACAGGCCGAGUGACGAUGAAAUGCGCUCAGAAUAUGACGUAACCGUUAUCGGUUCACCGCGGCUGUUGAUCAUGCUCGCUUUUGCGAAUUAAAUUCUAACAGGCGGGGCUACGCUCGCAGUACUAACGUCACUCCCCACGGGUGAUCGGCCAACAAUUCUGAGAAAAGCUCGGCACUAGUGGUCGAGUCGGGAUUCGAGCUGCCCAGCACGGUACAAGCUAAGCGGCAAAUUUCUUGUGGGUACAAAGAAGCAACCUUGCUUCUUUCAAGGUCCGUGGGGCUUACCAGAGAGCGAGAAAGUACCGCUGCGAUGAUGAUCACGACGUGGAAAAUAGCAACUAAAAUGUAAAGAACGGCGCCAGACACGUAAGAAAACGACUACCGAGGAAUAUUUACAGCGACGCGGACGGUUACACCGCAGUUGGAGAAAUCUGCAUGGCCUCUGCCCGAAAAGCGUCCGUUGCCUGUGUAGAGGUUGCAGGUGCGGCGUCUUCUGUUCUUUGCACGACAGCUCUACCCUGCGUUGAGAUUUCGCCUGAGAAAGUGUGCCGAGAAGCAUCCGCCAUGCCACCCGAAGCCUACCUUGAACAGCAGAGUCCAACACCGAUGGGAGUCCACGGAGAUAACGAUGGCUCCCAGGUAGCGCAGUUCUACAAGGAUCGGGAGGUGCUCAUCACAGGAGGGACAGGGUUUAUCGGAAAGGUUCUCUUGGAAAAACUCCUGAGAUCUUGCUCUGGACUGAAGCGAGUUUACCUCCUCGUGCGUAGCAAGCGCGGCGACGAACCACAGGCGAGGCUCAAGAAAAUGUUCAACUCACAGAUGUUCGAACGCCUAAAGAAAGAACAGCCAGGGGCUCUUGAAAAAGUGAUGGCACUGGCCGGAGAUCUGGCUCAGCCAGAUUUGGGCCUCAGUGCGUCUGAUCGGGCCACCUUAGUCGACAAUGUGUCUGUCGUCUUUCACGCCGGUGCCACGGUCAAGUUUGAAGAACCUCUCAGGGACGCAUUUGAACUCAAUGUUUUCGGUACAAAGAGAGUUCUGGACCUCUGCAAGCAAAUGCCAAAUAUAUGCGCCCUUGUUCAUGUAUCAACAGCAUACUGCAACUGUGACAAGCCGGAUGUCCACGAGGUGAUAAAUCUGCCAUGCGAAAAUGCCAAACAAUUUUUUGAAGCUUUUGAGGCCGCAGGCAACGAGGCAACGGGUAAUACGAAAGAGUGCUUGUUUGGCCAUCCAAACACGUACACUCUGACCAAGAGGUUAGCUGAAUCACUGCUGCUGGAAGAACGAGGAAACAUUCCCGUCGCCAUCGUACGGCCUUCCAUCGUCACUGCCUCGUUGACUGAGCCGGUUCCGGGUUGGGUCGACAGUUAUAACGGCUGCACUGGCAUCGUUGUAGCGCUGAGUUUGGGCCUGCUACCGUCUCUCAUUACGGAAAAGAAGUGCCUAGCUGACAUCGUUCCUGUAGACAUUCUGGCAAAUACACUCAUAUGCGUUGCCUGGCGCACUUUUAAAGCAAGGCCAACGUACAUGAAAGUGUACCACUGCACGAGUGGCACCCUACAGCAACACACGUGGGCAGAACUGGUUGAAACGAUGCAGCGAGCCAUCUUCAAACAUCCACUGCCAGAUGCCACCUUCUACCCUAAGGUCUCCGUGACCAACAGCCAGGUGUGGCACAACAUCCACCUCUAUUGCCUGCGUUAUCUGCCUGCGAGCGCCGCAGACUUGGCCUUGAAGCUAAUGAGAAGGAAGCAAAGUUUCGUGCCACUUUACAAGAAGGUUCGCAAAUCCAUGGACGUUGUACAGUACUUCACGACUCACGGAUGGCUUUUCAGAACGAACAACGUCGUGGGGCUUACACGUGAACUCUCUCCCAAGGAUAAGCAGUUGUUCAACAUUGACAUGCGGAGCCUGGACUACCAGUCAUAUUGGGAUAAAUACUUGUUGGGAAUCCGCAAGUAUCUUUUCAAGGCCAAAGAUUUGGAGGUUCCAAAGGCACGAAGCCAAUUGAGACGGCUCUACGUCGCACGGUUGUCCUUGCAGGCGAUCCUGCUUGCCUUAGCGUGUCGACUGCUGACGACGGGGACAGCGUGGAACCUCGCCACCACAGCGAUGUCGCUUUGGUCGAAAGACGUGUGACACGCUACUUGUCCCAUUAGGUCUGCCGCCGAAACUGUAGCAGGCAAUAGAGCUAUUAUCCCUUAUAAAAAAAAUUCAGAGCCCUUCCACUAUGCGAAGACCAGCGAACCUGUACUUGAAUUAUAGGUGGUUAAUUGCUACAUUGAUUGAAUAAAGACACAUAACUUCG